AUGAGUGCAUCAAGUCUUGCAGUAAGAGUGGAAACUUGGCUUUCAUCUACAUGGCAUGUAAAAGUUCCAGUACCAUGGCUACAAGCUUGUAUUGACUGGAUUCAAGAAGAAAAUGGCCUUAGUAAUUUGACUCAGGCUUAUAUUAACAAGCAAGUUUUUGAGCAGUGGCUUCUUACAGAUCUCAGAGAUCUUGAAUAUCCUGUUUUGCCAGACUGCAUUUUAAAUACUCCAAAAGGAGAGUUAAAAGGCUUUUAUUCCAUACAGAUUGAUUCACUUGUUGAUGUGAGUCAGCCCGUCUAUUCGCAGUUGCAAAAGAUAAGAGGGAAAAAUACUGUAAAUGAGGAAAUUACUGCUAGUACACAAGGAACCCAGAAGUCCUGGGAAGCAAGGCCUACUCGAAUGCUGAUGCUGAAACUGACUGAUGGCAUAAAUCACAUUCAGGGUAUGGAAUACCACUCUGUUCCUGUUCUCCAUAGCAGCCUCGCUCCAGGCACAAAAAUUAUGAUACAGGGGAAAGUGCCCUAUCGUUUAGGUGUUCUUCUGCUUAAACCAGAAAAUGUGAGAUUGUUGGGAGGUGAAGUAGAUAGCCUUAUGGAGGAGUAUGCUGAGGAAAGAGUUCUUGCUCAACUGAUUGGAGAAAAUGACUUCCCUAAUGCUGUCAGAUCUGUUACUGGAGGCCCUGGAAUUUCCAGACCUGUUGAUGAAGUAGGCCAAGUCCUAGGGCCUUCUGAUGAAGAGCUUCUGGCAAGUCUAGAGGAAAAUGAUGAACUGAUAAUAAAUGAAGCCCCUCUCGAAAGUGGAUAUUGCAGCAGAAGUACUAGUUCUAAUUCUAACACACAUUCUCUUCUUCCCAACAAUGCAAGCUGCUCAGAGCAAGACACUGCAAUCUUCAUUGCAGCCAAUGACCAACCAACUGUUCCAGUUUCAGAAUACAUGGAACAAGAUUUAGAUGAAUUUCCUUUGGAUGAUGAUUUGCUUUUAGUAGAAGAGAUCCAGGAACAACCACAAGCACUGAAUAGAAGUAAUCCGCCUAGCAGGGCAGAUAAAUCUGUUAAAAGAGGGACGUCUGAUGUAUUUGAUAAUAGUGGAAGUGAUUUUUUAAUAAAUCUGGAUGACUGUUCAAAAAAUAUGUCUGUACGUGACAGAUGCAGUAAAACAGAUGUAAUUAGGAAUGAAGAAAAGUCCUCCGAUAUCUCUAACAAUAGAGUAAUGGACACUAAUGCAAAACCUAAACAGUACUCUGACCAUGUACAAGCAUAUGGAUUAAAGGGUAAAUAUCUCAAAGUAAAUUUAGAUACACCUCCUUUUACAUAUAUUUCUGUUCUAUUAAGUAACCAGCCCAAGGGUAUUAUCUAUGUGAAAGUUAAGGCCUUUAUAGUAACUCUUACAGGAAAACUCACAAGCAGCAGUGGCUUAUGGAGUGUAACAGCAAAAAUAUCUGAUGGCACCGCUUACUUAGAAGUUGACUUUGCUAAUGAAAUUCUAACAAGCUUGAUUGGGUUUUCAGUGCCUGAAAUGAAGCAACUGAAGAAGGAUCCUGUCUUGCACCCAGAACUUAAGACAGGUUUAUGCAAUUGCCAAAGAGAACUAAUAGACCUCUGUUGUUUAAUGACUAUUGAAUUUAACCCCUCUGAGGCAAAGGCAACAGUAAUAGUUUUGCAAGAUGUUAAUGCAAAUGACUUGAAUAAUUUAAAAAGGCGCCUAAAUAUAUUUAGCAUUUAA